AUGGAAAAGUGGAAGAACAUGUCAAUCUUUGGCGAGUUCGAUACUUGCUCCAACAGGAGCUACUAUGGAGAGACAUCUUCGGAUGAUGAUAUGCCUUACUUUGGAGAUAUCUUCCGAGAGUACAAGAACACCCCAUCAACUGACAAAGGAAUUCUGACUCGUUGUUUCUGUGGAGACAAAGUCGUUGUUAUGCAUCACACGUUUGGUGUCUACAACGGCCAGAAAUUCUACAGUUGUGUGGAAGACAACAACAAACUGUGCGACGAAGCAAUCAUCGAGGAGAUUGACGCUGUGAAGACCAAGCUGGGUGAUCAAGAAGCUAAAGUCGAGACAGCUGCUAAGGAAAUCACUGAACUCAAGAAAAUGGUGUCUGACCAGAACACGAUUGAUGGUCUUAUGAAGAAGCCGUGA